AUGGGUAGAGAUCACACCACCAAACAACACGUUAGAUCCGGUCACAGAACCGCUCCAAAAUCUGAUAACGUUUACUUGAAGUUAUUAGUCAAAUUAUACUCUUUCUUAGCUCGUCGUACUGAUGCUCCAUUCAACAAAGUUAUCUUAAGAUCUUUAUUCUUAUCUAAGAUUAACAGACCACCAGUUUCUGUUUCCAGAAUUGCUCGUGCUUUAAACCAAAAAGGUGCUUCUGAAAAAACCAUUGUUGUUGUCGGUACCGUUACUGACGAUAACAGAUUAUUAAAAUUCCCAAAAGCUACCGUUGCUGCUUUAAGAUUCACCGCUGGUGCUAAAGCUACCAUCUUGAAAAAUGGUGGUGAAGCUAUCACCUUGGAUCAAUUAGCUUUAAGAUCUCCAAAAGGUCAAAACACUUUGAUUGUCAGAGGUCCAAGAAAUGCCAGAGAAGCCGUUAGACACUUUGGUUUCGGUCCUCACUCCCACAAAGCUCCAAGAAUCUUAUCUACUGGUACUAAAUUCGAAAGAGCUAGAGGUAGAAGAAGAUCAAGAGGUUUCAAAGUAUAA